AUGACUGAUCCUGAUUGGCCAGAAUCAAGUGACAUCACCAAAUUCAUCCAAUCAUGGCUAUAUCUUUUAUCCACAUCAGCAUCUAUGAAAAUGACGUCGCAAAUACCACAAGAAGAUUUCUUAGAUUUUUUCGUAAAUAACUCGACAUGGUCGUUACUAAAGUUUCUCAAAUAUAGAGCGGGAACCGAAAGUUUUACGUAUGAAAAAGAUAAGGAACAUUUGUUGUACAGAAGCGCAUUAAUAAGCAUUUCCACCGAGCAAGCUCAAACAUGUCUUCUUACAUUUGAACCAGCUGGAUUCGUUCUAGCGGGUGAGAGAGGAGUUCAUCUUCCCUCGGCGCCCUUGAAUAUACUACACGUUAGUUGCCAUGACGCAACAGAUUGGAAGAGGGAGAGAAGUUCUAAAAGUGUAGGGAAUUUUUGGAACGAGAUCGAGAAAAACCGUUUAAAUGACAAUAUCGAAAAAAGUUCGUUAGAAUACAUCAAUGAAACCAUAAGUGAUGCGGUCAAAGAUUCCAAAACUGCAAGAAACUAUUUAUCAGACGAGCUAGAAUCAUUUGUAACAAACUCCAAGAAGCGAGAUUGUUCACUUAUGGAAAAUUCUCAAGAUCAAUCUAAUUUUCAUAUACCAGAUCAUAACAAGAAGACUAGGAAAGAUAUGUCUAAUGUCUCAUUUGAUGAAUACAUUAAUGCCAUUAACGCCGUCAAUUCUAUUCAAAACAACAACGAGUCUGCUCAUACGAACCCACUCUGGUGGGGUGUUCUAGACUUUCGUGAAGAGAACCUGUCUCCGAGUCCAAGCCUUCCCCGUGCCAAGAAUUUCCUCUCAGCUAACGAAGUCAAUCGUUUGAUGAAAGCACUAUUAUUAUCAGAAAUUGUUAGCCUCCAGCUUCUCGCAAAGGAAUGUGGUGCACGUGGAAUAGUUGGUGUACAUGAUCUUCUGCAAAGAUUUGUCAAUAAAAUGCAGGAUGUUGAUGAUAAAAAAAUAAUUCAAGAUAAUCUUGCAAAUGUAGAUGCUGAUGAUGACACUACAAUAUAUGUUGGGAAAUACAUUGAGGACACUUACGAAUGGAUCUGUCGUUUUCAUGGGCAAUGUCAAUCUGAACGAACCGUCGACAUGUUUCUCGUUGGGCCUUGUGCAAAAACUCCACAAACUAUAUUUACAUAUGGCGAAAACCAUUCAGAUGCUGAUCGUGAUGAUAAAACAGCUCGAUCGCAGAACAGUCGUGUUGGAAAGUCAUGCGAUUUCUUAUAUUGGAGCUCAUCUCGAGAAGUUGGUAUUGGUGAAAACAGUGGGCCAACCCAUAAGGAUAAUCAUGACAAGGCGAGGACAGACUUCGUUGAUGUGAUUAAGGUCUGCAGGGCACAACAUAUCGAACUUAUGAUUCAAAUGAUAGAGCAGAGUGGGAGAAAUCCUUUGCCGGAGAGUCUACAAAAAGCAAUGGCUUCUAUAUUGAUACCGUUUUACCAUAUAAUCGGAAUGAGAAUUCGGUUCUAUCUUCUAUUUCAAAUCAGCGGAGAUCUGUACGGUAUUUGGGAUUGGGCCUCGGAAUACUUACCAACUAAAGAUGCAGACGUGGGAGAAAUUGCUCUAUUAUGUAAAAGAUUUUUGGUCCACGGAUAUCUUAUAGAACGUGUGGGACGAAUGACAAACAUUCUUGCUAAGAAGGCUAAAACCUUCAAAGAUAAAAAAGAUAAAAUAACUGGGGCCAGUGAGCCUUCCCAACCAAUAGUAGAGCUAAAUAAAUUUCGAACUCCUGUAAAGGAUAAAAAGUCGGCAAAAUAA